AUGUCGCAGGCUGAGGCUACUUUUCCGCUCAUACCCUCUCCUUCCCCCUCCCCCUCGAAGGCUACGAUGGCCGUGAAAACCCCUUUGGCAGGCCUUCCUUUCCACCUUCACCCAGGCUCCCUUCCUCCCCCAGCAUCAGACACUGCUGCAGCUUUGGACACACCCCUCACCCCCUCUUCUCAAUACCUUCCCCCCUCCUCUCCUCUCGUUCUCGUGCCACUUUUCGGCAUGACGCCUCACCUUCCUCCCCCCCUGGCUCUGCCUCUUCCCCCUAUGCUGCCUCCCUCUGGUGGCAUCAUCCUUGACUUCCCCCGCUUUACCCCGCCUGCGCUUGCUGUUUAA